GGAUAGGGAGGGAGGCCUCGCGUCGUUUCUCCUCGCACGUCGGGGGUAACUUUUGCAGUCUUGUGAACCUCGCACGCGUGUCUGCACGGUUAAUUGUUGGGUGAAGCAAGAGUCAGGCAUGUAGUGAGGGAAGGUGAGUGACCCAUCGGUUGUGAGGUAGGUAGUGUGGGGAGGGGAAGCGAUAAUGCAAGAUCGUGGAAGCGUGUGUACGGCUUUGUACUCUCUCUGUACUUAAAGUAAAAAAGUCUGGAGCUGAUGUCUGGGUGAGGCCGCCAUGAAGUUCAGGACGAGACUCACGGUUUGCUGCAUGCUGAUAUUGUGCCCACUAGCUGCAUGCUUUUUACCAGACUACAGCGACCACGAGUGUAUACGGCAGUGUAGCGAUGACACCCCACCCCGGGUGUGUCAAUACCAAUGGGUCCUGGAAGAUUACCUGACCUUGUCCCGAGCCUGCUACAGUUGCCCUGACAACGAGACUGACUGCUGGCGUCACCAUUGCGUGUCUGCUGAUGGAUUUCAGCGGAGCAUCAAGACGGCCAACAGGGUCUUACCUGGACCGACCAUACAGGUGUGUGAGGGAGACACAGUGGAAGUCGUGGUGGACAACCAGAUGGCGCUGGCGGAAGGAGUGACCAUUCACUGGCACGGCCAGCUGCAGAAGCAUUCUCCUCAUAUGGACGGUGUAGCCAUGAUCACUCAGUGUCCUAUCCCAGCUUUCUCCAGCUUCACUUACAGAUUCCUGGCGGAGUACCCAGGCACGCACUUCUGGCACUCCCACGCUGGCGUGUACCGAGGCGACGGACUCUUCGGCAGCAUGGUGGUUCGCCAACGCCGUCACGUGACCCUCAUCAGGCGCUGUACGACUACGACUUACCUGAACACGUCAUCGUCCUCAACGACUGGUCCCAUCAGUCCGUGGUGGACAUCUUCACUGGCUUCUACCACAGCGACGCCACAGACCCCUGAUGCCAUCCUCAUCAACGGCCGUGGAAAGUAUAAACCGAAAGAAGACGAAAAAGACCAGCCACAGACACCCUUUGCCGAGUUCCAGGUGGAGGCGGGUAGGCGCUAUAGGUUCCGGGUGGUCAACGCCGGCAGCUUGAAGUGCCCCAUCGUUCUGUCCAUCGACGGCCACCAGCUGCUUCUCAUCGCCUCAGACGGAAAGCCAUUUCUUUCGUUUCUUGUCGACUCUUUCGUGUCCUUCAGCGGCGAACGCUACGACUUCGUGCUUGAGGUCAAGACCAACAGUUCAUCCAUCCUGUGGAUGCGGGCGAAAGGGUUGCUGGAGUGCCAGGCUAGGAACAUCGAGCAACUCGCCGUCGUGCGUGUGCGGGGGGGCAAGGGAGGGGAGGUAGGAAACUUGUUGCAGCAGCAGCUCCCUUUUCCACCCGUUGAUUACAUUAAAAUCGUCAACAACAUCUCCAACGUCUUGCCUCCUUCUCCUUUCCUCUCCCAGCCAAACGACAUUGAUCAGAGUCGGUUUUGUGACGUCAAAAGUAAAGGUCCAAGGUGCCCGGAUGAUUUCUGCGAGUGCUUCCAUCGCAUGGUGGUUCAGGAGGGCGAGGUAGUGGAACUGGUCGUCUCCAAUGCCAACAAUGACCUCCUGUUCACGCACCCCAUUCACAUGCACGGGUACAGCUUCAGGCUCGCCGAAGAAAUGACGGAAGACUUGUUCCGUGACCUCGACAACCAAGGACUUGUCAGAAGGAGGCUUCAUGGCGCUCCCCUGAAGGACACGGUACCCGUUCCUGACGGAGGUUAUCUCGUAAGGCUGGAGGCCAACAAUCCAGGUGUGUGGUUUUUGCACUGCCAUGUGGCUUUUCAUGCCGAAAUUGGAAUGGCAUUGACCUUUCAUGUCAACGAUGUGGACGGUCGGCUUCCUGCGGUGCCCUCUGAUUUUCCUCGCUGCGGGAUCUGGCCAAGCGGUCCAUCAGCAGCAUCUGAACGCUGGUCCUGCAGACACAGCCUCCUCGACCCCCAUCUGGGUUGUCCCUGUCGUCGUGGCGCUGUGUGUAGUCAUUGUUUUGUUACUAGCGCAGAUCGCACGCCAGAAGCAUCAGCAGGCAAGAAAAGGGAAGUAUGUCACCCACUUCCGGUUCGACGGCGCAUGCGCUGGCUCUGAGGCACACGUUUCCUCAGACGAUGAAAGAAAGGGCUUACUAUAAUGUCUUGUUUCGUGGAUCGACACAAUUGUAAAAAAAAAAAAAAAAAAAGAUUGUAAACUGAAUACCUGUAGUUCGCUUCCCGAAGAAGGUAAAGCAUCCUCACACUUUGUCAAGACUAACACCAAGUGUUCGUUUCGUUCUCAUACAAUUAUUUUACUUAUUAAAUAAGUAUGUAAAACUUUUAUCAUAUGCAAAAGUCAAAACGUAGAAAUGUUUAAGUCCCAUUUAGCCACAUUUUAACCCUCACUUUAAGAAGGAUGAUUAGUAUUAUUUAAACAAUAUAAGACCAUAAUAAUCUAUGUCACCUGGGUUCUCACUGUCUACAAAUGGAAGUUGUCACUUAAUUCCUUCUUGGAAUUUUUCAGUUUGGGCUUAAUUUUGUUGCUGUUCUUUCGAUGAACAAGAACCUAAGAAAUACCCGUUUCAUCAUCCUACGUGUUGUAGCAUGUCAAGAAUGAAGGCGAGUUGUUCCACUUCAGUGCUUUCUCGUCACGUGGUCUGUGGCUCCUAGCUGUGUAACAUGCAGCUCUACAAAAUGUGUCAUCUAGACCAGACCACUGUGAUUCAUUCGUUGACAGUGAUUCAAAAUGUGCAGGGACAUGAGUGGCUGUUCACUUUGUGUAGCUAGUAUUUUUUUAGGGAUGGUCACUGAACCAAUAUUUUUGAUUCAAUUCUGUAGCAAUACCAGAAGCAGUUCCGUUAGGUCGUGCUAAAGAUUGUGUGCUUUUCUGUCGUCGACGUCCACUUAUAAGUUUUCAGUCAAAUUCUGUGCCAGUAUGCAUGACUCGUUCUUAAGUACAGUUCUUUGCUAGAGGCUCAGUUAUGACGUGGACGAUGCUGCUCAUCGUCAGAGACAAGAGCUUGGCGUUCGAUUCUCUCUUGGGAAUUGUCCUUAUCCACCUUGCGGCCGUGUCCUAGACUCAGAGAACCACUUAUUCACUGCUUCCGGGGUCAGCAACAUGAAUCUUGUACCUGUAACUUGCAUUUCUUUGCACUGUAUUGUAAGAUGCCUAUGUCACAAAGAAAUUGUCUUCCUUUGUUAAAGGUGCAGCUUUUUUUCUCUAAAAAAAUGCAUGUGGUAAAGCACAAAAAACAGACGUCAGGAUUGUGCAUAGAUACUUUCAAGUUGUGAAGGCCUGAGUCAAUGAGAGAGCUGGGAUAAUAUGUUAAUUGGGCGUUUGUGCUCAAACAAUGUCACGAGUGCGUGGUGAUGUGUAUCUCAUUAAACAGAAGGAAGUUUGAACUCAAUAUUUUCCGAAUAGUAUUGUGUAAUGUUUAUGUAGUGUUAAAAAAUAAAUUGCAUGUAAGAUAAAUUAAAUGUAAGGCCAUAUCGGUCAAGUGUCCGUCACCCCCUUUGGAAAGAAAUUCGCUCAGGCAGGUAUUUUCACUUUUUUCUUCCUCUCUCAUGUUACUCCAGUCACACUUGCAUACACGAUACGAACAGGUGUUCAUACAUUCAGAGAUCCUGUUAUAAAAAAGAAUUGAUGAAUACUGCCAAGUUGUUCUAUAAGAACGCUUAUUCAGAUACAAUCCUCCGAGACCUGUUGGACCGGUUAAGAUAGUAAAAAAAAAGGCCAAACGAUCGUUCAACUACAGUGAAAAUCUUAAUGUCAUGCGUUCGCAUCCCACCUGCAGACUUGCGAAUUUUUUUUUUUUUUUUUUUUUACACCUGUUCAUACUGUUAGCCUCUGUUUAUUUUGUACAUGUAUUCUGGUUUCAUUCCCAACUUCAUCACUCAACCCAAUUCGAAGUGACGACCAAGUAGAAGCACUUUGAUGUCGAAUAAAACCAACAAACCAGGACUGGUGCAUGAGAAUGUUAUACUAGGAAAGAUGUGGUCAGUCUUGUCAGAGGAUCUGAGAUUUCAAAAUAAUGAGGUACGAAUAUUUUUUUUAUUUCCUUCUAUUCCCUUAUGUCUCCUGCAUUAUUUCACAUGAAGUCUGUUUGAGUUGUUUACAAGGGGAAGCCAAAAGCAGGCUGACCUAGACUGGCGUGUCCUUUGUUCAUUGUGUUGUCCUAAAAGUGUGGUGUCGGGCAUGUUUUAUUUGUCUGCUCCCAGUGUUUCACCUGAGAGCUCAUCACAUUCUGCUCAACUUGCGUCUAUCACCAGGGAAACGUCACAGGUUGUUACGCUCACCUGAGAGCGCGUUACAUGCUUUUACCUGCGAGUACUCACCUCUCGUUGCCCUUCUGUGUUCGGCCUGAAAACAGAACAUUCCAGACAUGUGUUUCUCUGAACGCACGUCACAUGUUCCACUUUGGAGUCUGGAGAAAGUGUUCAUCGUCUCCGGUCGUCAGGAUCCACAUUACCACUAUCAUCGUUAAGCAUCAUUACCUUUGUAUGACAGCUGCAAGGGUACAGAGUAGAUUUCCUGACAAGUUUCCCUUAUUUUUAUUCCAAAACGAAAUCAAGUAAUACGCUCAACUCAACCCUUUAAAAAAUAAAAAAAAGCAUCCAGCAUCCUUCCACAAGAUACAAAUCUUUUUUCACGGAGAGGCAAAGUCGGCGGAAGCAGACGACCGGAUUCCGCCUUUCUCAUUCAAUGCCCUAUACACAGUGAACCACUCUCCUUACAAGCCACUAGGCUACAGAUCCUGUCAGUUUGUAUGAGCUUUCAAUCGUUACCGUCAAUUUUUUAUUUUUUUUCCAACCAGUCUAUGCUUUUUCGAAGAAUGGGUAAGUGAUCGACGGAAUCUUAAAAUUAAAACCAAAAAUUCUCUGUAAUUUUUUUUUAAGUUGAAAGAAAGAAAUUUAGCAGAAUUUAGAAGCAUGUUAUGCAAAGUAUUCAAUAUAAACCAUUGUAUUUUUGUAUCUGUUUAUUCAGGCCUUAUAAGCAUCAUCAGUGUAGACAGCUUCAAAAAAUGAUGAAUAUAAAAUAUUUUGACAAAUGUCA